AUGGCUAAUUUUCCUUCAUGCUCUUCUUUUCUCCUUUCAUCAUUCAUGCUGGCAAUUCUCAUUUCUUGCAUCUCACAUUCUGCCCUUGCCAUUGAUGGACAUACAGUCGCUAACUCUCCUAUGUUGACCACAAAGUUAGGAAUUAAUCGCACAAUCAUAGUAGAUGUCAACGGCAAUGGGGAUUUCAAGAGUGUUCAAGAUGCCAUAGAUUCCAUUCCCGAAAAUAAUUCUAAUUGGGUAAUUGUUCAUCUUAGGAGAGGAGCAUACAGAGAACAAGUGCACAUACCAUCGAGUAAGCCUUAUAUAUUCAUGAGAGGGAAUGGCAGAGGAAAAACUGCUGUAGUUUGGUCUGAGAGCUCUUCAGACAACGUGGCUUCUGCCACCUUCAGAGUCGAAGCACAUGAUUUCAUUGCCUUUGGAAUUAGCUUCAUGAAUGAGGCACCUACGGGGAUUGCUUAUACCUCGCAAAACCAAUCAGUGGCAGCAUAUGUGGCAGCAGAAAAACAACCUGAAAUAUUUGUGAUAGAUGAUAAAAGGUUAACGAUUCAAGGUUCAAUCACCGCGCACAACAGGGAAAAUGCAGACGAGCUGAAUGGGUAUGUCUUCAUCAAAGGGUCGGUUUAUGGCAUUGGUUCAGUUUACCUAGGAAGGGCCAAGGGUCCUUAUUCUAGGGUGAUUUUUGCUGAGACGUAUCUCUCCAAGACCAUUGUCCCACAGGGGUGGACCAAUUGGAGCUAUGAUGGUAGCACAGAGUAA